AUGACUUUGAUCCUUGAAUACCCAAACACCCAGUUGAAAGAAUGUCUUAUAGAAGAGUUACAAUUGCAGUGUACAAGUUGGAGAUUUGCUGUGGAGGCCAAUAAUUUAAGCCCAUGGAAUAGAAUUCCAGAAGAAUGUGCUAAUUAUAUCAAGGAUUACAUGACUGGAAAGGGUUAUCAAUUUGAUCUUGAUAGAGUAUCCAAUGAGGCUGAAAUUUAUGCAAGAAGUGUGGAGUUAAAAGGAGAUGGGAAAGAUGCUUGGAUUUUUGAUGUGGAUGAAACCCUUCUAUCCAAUCUUCCCUAUUAUGCAGAACAUGGUCAUGGGUUGGAGAUUUUUGACUGUAUGAAGUUUGAUGAAUGGGUUGAAAAUGGAAUUGCACCUGCUAUAAAAUCCAGUUUAAAGCUAUAUGAAGAGGUUUUAAGCUUGGGAUUCAAAGUUAUCUUGCUGACUGGUAGAAGUGAAAGGCAUAGAAAUAUUACGACUUAUAAUUUGAUCAAGGUCGGAUUUCAUGAUUGGGAUAAGCUCAUAUUGAGGAACCCAGAGGAUCUAAAAAAAACAGCAACUCUAUAUAAGUCACAGAAGAGGGAUGAGAUGAUUGAAGAGGGGUAUAGGAUACUGGGUAACUCUGGAGAUCAAUGGAGUGAUUUACUGGGUUCCUCAAUCUCUGACCGUUCAUUUAAGCUUCCAAAUCCUAUGUAUUAUAUUCCAUGA